CCUACCUCCCCUCCGCCUGCACUGAAGCGGAUGAAAACAAACACUAAGGAUGGCGGCGCCGGGCAGCGACUGGUUGCUGGCUUAGGGCGGGAGAGAUCGCUUGACGUGUGAAGGGGAAGCUCUGAGGAAAACCAGUCGACACCAGUCCGACAGCUUUUUCAGUUCUGGGAUCCGGGAGCCUCGUUAGCGUGAGGUAUCUCUCUGCGACCUGUGCUGUCACUACCGCCCCAGAGCGCGGAACCCACAGCCGGGAGGUGCGGUUGGCCGGCCCCAGGCCCCGGCCUCCGGAAUGAGAGCCCGGAGCCACUCUCUGUGCAGUAGCUUCACAGGUUCCAGUAGGCAAUGGAAACUGAUCUCAGUUCCCAGGACAGAAAGGACUUGGACAAGUUUAUUAAGUUUUUUGCCCUCAAGACUGUCCAAGUGAUUGUCCAGGCUCGGCUUGGAGAAAAGAUUUGCACCCGUUCAUCAUCUUCCCCGACCGGUUCAGAUUGGUUCAAUUUAGCAAUCAAAGACAUCCCAGAAGUCACCCAUGAAGCAAAGAAGGCCCUGUCGGGGCAGCUGCCUGCUGUGGGGCGAUCUAUGUGUGUGGAGAUUUCACUCAAGACUUCUGAGGGAGAUUCCAUGGAGUUGGAAAUUUGGUGUCUUGAAAUGAACGAAAAGUGUGACAAAGAAAUCAAAGUUUCCUACACUGUAUACAACCGAUUGUCACUGCUGCUGAAGUCUCUUCUCGCUAUUACGAGGGUGACACCAGCCUACAGACUCUCCAGGAAGCAAGGGCAUGAAUAUGUAAUUUUGUACAGGAUUUAUUUUGGGGAAGUUCAACUGAAUGGCUUAGGAGAAGGAUUCCAGACAGUUCGAGUUGGAACAGUGGGCACCCCUGUGGGCACCCUCACUCUUUCCUGUGCUUAUAGAAUUAACUUGGCAUUCAUGUCCACCAGGCAAUUUGAGAGGACCCCACCUAUCAUGGGAAUUAUCAUUGAUCACUUUGUUGACCGUCCCUAUCCCAGCUCCUCUCCUAUGCACCCUUGCAAUUACAGAACUGCUGAGGAUGCUGGAGUCGCAUACCCAUCAGUGGAAGACUCUCAGGAAGUGUGUACUACAUCUUUUUCCACAUCCCCUCCCUCCCAGCUCUCAAGCUCUCGCCUUUCCUAUCAGCCUGCAGUCCUGGGCAUUGGAUCGGCUGACCUGGCUUAUCCAGUAGUGUUUACUGCUGGCUUAAACACUACACACGCUCACCAGCUGAUGGUUCCUGGGAAGGACGCGGGGGUACCUCUUGCUCCCAACCACCCUGCUCAUGGUGUCCAGGCUGAUCAGGAGAGAAUGGUGAUGCACAUGCCUUCUGAUGGGGCCAACUGUGCUGCCACGCCCUCAAGCAGUGAGGACACUGAGACUGUGUCUAACAGCAGUGAAGGACGGGCCUCACCCCAUGACAUCUUGGAGACUAUCUUUGUCCGAAAAGUGGGAGCAUUUGUCAACAAACCCAUCAAUCAGGUGACUCUGACGAGUUUGGACAUACCCUUUGCCAUGUUUGCUCCCAAGAAUUUGGAGCUGGAGGAUGCUGAUCCUAUGGUGAAUCCCCCGGACUCCCCAGAGACCACAUCUCCCCUCCAUGGCAGCCUGCACUCAGAUGGCUCCAGCGGGGGCAGCAGUGGCAACACACAUGACGACUUUGUUAUGAUUGACUUUAAACCAGCUUUUUCUAAAGACGACAUUCUUCCAAUGGACUUGGGGACCUUUUACCGUGAAUUUCAGAAUCCCCCUCAGCUGAGCAGCCUCUCCAUAGAUUUUGGAGCUCAGUCUAUGGCAGAAGACUUGGACUCCUUACCAGAGAAGCUGGCCGUGCAUGAGAAGAAUGUCCGAGAAUUCGAUGCCUUUGUGGAAACCCUGCAGUAAAAGUGUCCCGAGUGUCUGCAGCAACCCCUUUCUGUGGACCCAGCACAGAAUCUCCUCUUCCUCAGCUGCUCCCCAGCCUUCAUGCUGUUUCUGGCCAGGUGAAAGACAGGGUGGUUCCCCUCUGGGACCUAGAAGUCCCUGCUCUUGGACUUCCUGGAAACCCAUGGCAGCAGUGAGGCCCAGUGCCAGACUUGGGGAGGACUCUGGCUGUGGAGCUGGAAGCUGGCGGUGACAGAGCCUCAGCAAGGCCUGUCCUCUGCUGCUUCACAAAGGAUGUCAUCCAUUCUUCCUACUACCAGCCUCCUCCCUCGGUCUACCCUGAGGCUGGCCCCUACCUGCUUGUCCUUACGUCAGCCACCUGACUUUCCAGCUGGUGGCUGGGACACUGGGCAGCGCUGCAAAAGAAGAAACCUAAGGCGACCAAGCCAGGCGGAGGGGGCCCAUGUGUUACCAGGAGUUCCUGGGCCACCCUGCUCCCCUCCCUUCUUCCAUUCCUUUCCCUUCCUUGUCUUUAUUCACUUCCUUUCUCCCACCUUCUCUCUCUUCAUCUCUCACCGUCCAUCCCUUGCCUUCCUAGGCCUGUGCUUUUGACAAUAUGACAGGCCAAUCUGCCUAAAAUAACAAGUAUUCCAAAGCUAGCCACCAUCUCCCAAAGGCUGUAACAAGCCUGUUUCUAGAAUUCGUUAUUGAGAGUCACAGAAAAGUCCUUUCCUCCUCAUUUUCCCUCAAUCACUGCUGCGUGGAUACAGAACAUGGUAAAUAUUUAUUACUUUCAGAGAAAUCAGAUAUUUUAUGUAUGAGGUUAGCAGUUCCACUUGGGAAAGAGGAGCGUUUCUUCUGGGAUGUAGGCCUCCCCUGAAGACUCCUCAGAACUUGUGCUGCUGCUCUGAGGAUCUUCUGUCACAUCUAAGGAGAGAUCAGGAAUCAGUCUGGCAAAGGCAAAGUCACCCCGUCAAGCUGCGAGUGUGGAAGUGUGCAGGCAUUGCUUGGGCUCAUCAACAGGGCCGGACCGGGCCGCUGCGUACUCUGCUGAGCACAGUGACUGGCUCUCUUCUAACAGCCCAGGAAAUCUCGGGCAUGGUCAGUGUGAUCACUCCUCAGAGUUGUGUUGCCCAUGGUGCCCAAGGGAGCACUGUGGAUCCUGCUGUCAAGUCCCUGAGCCUGGAGCAGGACUAAGGAGCUCUUCCUCCCUCCCUCUCUCCCUCCCUCUAAUUCCAGAGUCUGUACAUGGCCCUGGCUUUACAAGCUGGAUUGGUUCCCUUUUGAGAAACCAAAGCUGAGCUUAUGGUUGACUUAGACCUUCAGGUAUUGCUGCUUGAGUAAGUCAAGUGCCUCUGCCAGCCUGCCCUGUUCCCGUCCUGGAUCCUCACUGGCAGCAGCUGUUACACAUCGGAGCAGGUGGCUCUCAACUGCUUGCUAGUAAUCUGCAUGUAACACUGGAGCCUUUCCCCUGUGCAUGCUUUUGCUGCCACAGAGAAAUGUGCCCAGCGGUGGUGGCCAAAUGCUAUUGCAGCCUUUGGGUCAGGGCAUGUUCAUGGCCUACUAAACCAGACUUACCCCCUAGAGCCAGCACUGAAGGGGGUGAGGGCACGGGGUCUUUGCCAGGCUCAGCCAGUGGCCUUUGCAGACAGCAGCCUUUAUGUCCCAGAUUAUUAGGAAAGAGGCCAGGGAAGCUGAGCAGAGCAUCCUUCAAGGUAGCCUGUGUUCUUCAGCCCUAUACCAUGGAAGAUAUGGGCAACUGCAGCCAAGCUCAGGUUGGGACCAGGUGGCUGUGAGGCCCCUCCAGUGCUUUGUUGGGAAAUGAGAGCUACACUUGGAAAUAUAAUCAAGAGGUUUCCAAUAAAAAGUUUUCUGUACUUCA